AUGCUUGACUCUCCACAGCCUAAUAUGCUGGACUCUCCACAGCCUAAUAUGCUUAACUCUCCACAGCCUAAUAUACUUGACUCUCCACAGCCUAAUAUGCUUGACUCUCCACAGCCUAAUAUGCUUGACUCUCCACAGCCUAAUAUGCUUGACUCUCCACAGCCUAAUAUGCUUGACUCUUCACAGCCUAAUAUACUUGACUCUCCACAGCCUAAUAUACUUGACUCUCCACAGCCUAAUAUACUUGACUCUCCACAGCCUAAUAUACUUGACUCUCCACAGCCUAAUAUGCUUAACUCUCCACAGCCUAAUAUGCUUAACUCUCCACAGCCUAAUAUACUUGACUCUCCACAGCCUAAUAUACUUGACUCUCCACAGCCUAAUAUACUUGACUCUCCACAGCCUAAUAUACUUGACUCUCCAUAG